UUCAACAAAAAAAAAAAAAAAAAGGGACUGUUUCUUUCUUGAUUGAUGACAAAAAAAAAUGAUUGAUCCAACUUUUCUCCAUUAAUUGAUGCCGCUUGGUCUCGUUCUCUCAAAUCUCUGUGUCUACUGGCGAUGUCGACGAGCAAUCUCGGGUGCGUCGUUGUCGCCGUCGACGUAAGCGAGGAGAGCAUGAACGCUCUCCGAUGGGCCCUGCGAAAUCUUCGUCUCCGGUCACCGGUGGACGGCGAUCUCUCCAUCAAGCCCGGUGGCUUCGUCAUCCUCCAUGUCCAAUCUCCACCCUCCAUCGCCGCCGGUCUCAACCCCGGCGCUAUUCCCUUUGGCGGACCAACCCAAGUCGAGGUUCCGGCUUUCACCGCUGCUAUUGAAGCGCAUCAACGGCGGAUCACUGAAGCGGUCUUGGCCCACGCAGUGCAGAUCUGCGAGGAGAAAAAUGUGGUUGUGAAUACUGAAGUGGUGGUAGGUGACCCAAAGGAGAAGAUAUGUGAGGUCAUCACAAACUUGAAUGCAGAUUUGCUGGUGAUAGGAUGCCGUGCUUUUGGCCCAAUUAAAAGGAUGUUCCUAGGGAGUGUUAGUAACUACUGCAUCAAUCAUGUGAGCUGCCCCGUUAUUGUAGUAAAGGAAACCUCUUAAGCAAACUUUUUCAUGGAAUCCAUCUUCUGCCUUUGUGCAUAUAUAUCAAGUUCUGUGCCGAAUCUUCUGGCUUUGCUGUGUUCUAUUAUUAUGUUCCUUAUUCUUUCUUUAGCCCAAGUGGUUGAAUUCUAUCCUAUGUUGCCGUAUAAUAAUAGAUGAUUGUACAGUUCUUGAUUCAACUAUUUUGUGCCUUGAAGAAAAUUGUCCUGCAUAGUCUUUGGUGGACAAAAUUCUAAGACA